AUGGCGGUCGCCAAAAGGACUGUGGAGCUUUUCUAUGAUGUGCUCUCUCCGUAUUCGUGGUUUGGAUUCGAGGUAAAUCUAUAUUUCUGUAUAAAAGAGGACUUACUAGUAGUUUUAAAAAGAUUUUACUCCAAGAUAUCAACAGUAUAACAAGUAUAUAUGAGGCUUGGGCCAUUCCAUGCAUUUUAAUAUACACACCGUCCCCCUCCCCCCCCCACUUGCUUAUAAAGAAGUAUUUAAAAAAUCUGAAAGAACAACUGAAGCAAGAUUUCCGUAUACCCCUAUCCAUUGGUUACACAUACACCUAUUGUUCAAAGAAAACAAAAGUCAGAAAAUUUGAUGUCAAGGGGGUGGGUGGAAAAAUUACAGAACGGCCCGUCAUGACUUUCUCUGAGCUCUAUAGAGACAUUCCCCCCUCCCCCCCGUUGACCAAAAGUAAAAAAUGGAAUUUCUGAAGGUUGCAGGACUGAAGACCAGAUUUUCUAGAUAAGUAGCAGAUUGAAAAGCAAAAAUUUCUGAAGCUAUAAUUUUAUAAGACUCAUAGGGCAAACUUUUUGAGGGGCUUUGGGGGAAAGAGAGCGUUUUUCUGAUGGCUAAGAAAAUAUCAAAGUCCUUCAUCAAGAGUAGGAAGGGGGCUGGGGGUGGGGGGUUGGUGUAUGUUAAAUGGAAUAUUUAAAUAUACAUAUAAUAUACAUAAUAAAAUUUCUCAGAAUUGUCGCAUGGAUGAGCAUAUGUCAGGCAAGUUAAUAAGAAAAAAUAUUGCGCCAGAGUUCCCCCUGCAUAUUCUGUUAAUUUCUCUGCACUUGACUGACCUGAAAAGGGACUGCUGGAAGUUAUUGGUUAUUAAGGCAGUUAUCCCUGGUAAUUUCCUUCAGGUCCUAUGUCGCUAUCGAUCAAGAUGGAAUUUAGACUUGCAGUUUCGGCCUUUUUAUCUUGCUGGAGUCAUGGGAGCAUCAGGUAAAUCUACAUAACACUUACUUUACAUUUUCUUUCAAUUUGUUUUUAAACUCAUGUACAUUUUAAAUACCCAAACAGUAGUUCUUGUGCAUGUAGUAUACCACUUAGCUUGUUAUGUUGCAAAAAUAAACAGAACUUAAUGAUAUUUUAAGAAGUUGAGCAUAUCAAUCAAAUCUUUUAGAGUAUUAUUAAUUCCCAGAAUAAGAGCAGUUCCACCAAAUGGACCUGUUCACUCAGAAUGCAGAGGAAAGAUAAUGUUAGUGCAUGCAGCUCUGGCUUCUCAAAAUGUAUGAAAAAUUUUGGGGGCAGGUUGGAAUCCUCAUUAUUUGCCAAAUUUUUAUUUAUUAACUGACUGCUGUAUAAAACUAAAAUCAUUUAAAAUAAAACAUAAGAACCAUGUACAAUGCAUAGUAUUUUCUCUAUAAAUUUGUCACUUUAUUGGUUUACUUAAUUUCAUAAUUUUUAUGGUGGUUCCAUUAGAAUAUCAAGGAAAGUUAUGGAUUGGUGUUUGUUGUUAAUUCUAGCUUUUAUUUUAUUCUUUUGGUAGGGAACAAGCCUCCUGGACUGGUGCCAGCCAAAGCAAUGUAUAUGACAAGAGACCUUGAAAGAUUGAGAGAUUUUUAUCAAAUUCCUUUCAACCAUCCUUCUGUAAGUCUGUCUAUUGAGUGGCAGGGAAGUGGGCUUGCUUGGAAAUUGAUGAUUAAAAUUUUUUUGUAAUUCAGUCUUUGGUUGCACUGCUGAUCAAAAACAAUUGAUAUUAUUAUUAUUACUAUGUGUACCUUUUAGACUCUAAAUGUAUUUGUGAUUUUUGAACCAUUACAGUUUUAAGUAUGAUCUUUGUGUAAUAUGCAUAAUAUUUGUUUCCACCCUCAGUAAGGUACUUUAGUUAAAUCGGUCACCCUAGACGUACUUGCCACCUCUCAUUUUAUAUUGAUGUGGUUGUUGUUGUUGUUUUUUUUCUCAUAGGAUCCUGCUAAUGUCAUGUUUGUAAAAGGUAAAUAAAUAACUUGUGAAGCUUUUAUUUAUAAAUAUUAAGGAAUUGUGUCUGUUGUUUUACUGGGCUGGACUAUGACAAGUAAGCAUCUCCACAUUACGUUUUUCUUUUCCCUAGGUUCUCUAUCUGCCAUGCGUCUUGUCACAGCAGCGAGCAAGGAUCAUCCAGAGCUUGUUGAAAAUCUUAGUCGGGAAUUUUGGAUGCGUGCCUGGUCCAGGGUGAGAGAAUGAACGUUAAUCCCCACUAUAAACCACAUACAAAUUCUCCUAUAAACUGAUCUCUACACAUUUCCAUAACAAAUUUGUUGAGGAAGUUGGAUAAAAGAUCAUAGCAUUUUCCCUGUGGUGAUUAUUUUAUUAAUUCUCACAAUCUUUUCUCUUGAUUCUGUAUUGAUGUUGUUUAGGAGAAAAUUGAGGUUGAUUACUUUUGGAACUUAAAGGGUUAAAAUAAUGAGUAGUAAACUCAAAACCCAGAGUUUCCCUACCAUGCAAUCAUAUGAUUAAGUGUGUCAAAGGAUAGAAAUUAGUCGGUUCUUUUUGUGGACUAGUUUCUUAUAAGAGAAUAUCAAAAUAUCUUUAUCAACAAUAAGAUUUUUAUUUAGCCUGGGGUGAGCAACUGAACUGGUAUUUUUUACAAGCACCAAUUUAGCCACAAAAAAUUUUAUUGACCACUACAACUACAACACUUUUACAGACAUGAAUCAUAAAUUGCUCAAAACAUCUUUUAAUGAUCACCAGUAUACCAAAUUUGAAACUAAUUUUUUUGUUAUAUCUCAUCAGGAUGAAGACAUCACACAACGUGAAAGCCUUCUGGAGGUACAACGUUUGUAACUUUUAAUAUUAAACAAGACAUAUGAGAGGGGCUUAAAAAAAUUGUAUAAUAAUUCCAGAAAUUGGCAUGCUCUGAUUGGUUGAGAAUUGUAUCAUAUGUCACUAUAUUCACCCUGCAUGGGGUGAUCAUAGCAAUUUCUGAUGACUCUGUAGGAGAUCGAACACAAACUGUGAGUAAUACAGAGUACAAUAAAUUGAAAACAAAAUGUUCCUUUGUCACUUCAUUUCCUUGCUCUGUUCUCCAUUGCUUUUGACAAAUUAUUGAUUGUUAAAAAUCAUUUUUAUUUAUUUUUAGGUAUGUAAAAAAGUCGGCUUGAAUGACAAUGAUACUCAAAGUCUGCUGAGCAGAAUUGGAGACCAGGAGAUAAAGGACCAACUUAAAGCAACAACACAAAAAGCCAUUGACUUGGGGGUAAGUACUGAAAAAAGCCAUUCAACUUUCAAUGUCUGUUUUAUUAGUAGCCCAUGUGAACAAUAGCUACAUCAGAGAAAUAUAUAUACCAUGUAUUUCUUUGCACAUCAUUGUUCCUCCAUUUUUUGUGGAGGUAUGCAAAAUGUUCUGAUAUUUCUAUUGUAAUGACAAAAUACACAAUUCUGCUUUUAGGCAUUUGGAGCUCCAUUGAUUGUAGCACAUGUUGAUGGACAGCCUCAUAUGUUCUUCGGCUCGGACAGAUUCCUUCUGUUGGCUCAUUUGCUGGGUGAGUAG